AUGAGUCAAACCUCCAAUGGGUUGGAGUCCUCCUCUUCCGCUGCCAGUGACAGACUAUACUUCCUAAUGGAGGACCUUCACUGGAUCCUGCUAAUCUGUGGCCACAUCCUGGUCUGCGGUCCCUCGCAACUGGGCUCCUCCAAGGGCGGUCUUUCCUCCUGGGAUUCUGAUUUCAUGGUGAGUCUGCCAGUCUCUCGCUUCGGACGAUAUUUUUAA